UCAGUUAAAGACGCUCAGUCGUGCGAGACAGUUGUGUGCGCGGCGGUGUGAAAAUUGAACGAAGCUCGAGCCCAGAAUUCACAAUCGAAUCGGAGAUAUACUUCCCUCCAUAAAGCCAUAAACAGAUUUGAAAAGAAACCACAAGACAGAAUGAAGUUCGUUAUAUUGCUGUGCGUGCUGAGUGCGCUGCUCCUCCAGAUCGAGGCCUCGCCGGUGCAGCUGCUCUCCAGGAGCGAGCGGGCGGUGGCUCGCCAGCAGGCGGUCAACAACGAUGUGGCCCCGGCCGCGGCCCCGGCCAGCGAUGAUGACGACGACGAUGAUGACGAGGACGACGAUGAUGAUGAGCCGGAUCUAGGAGAUCUGAUCGAUGACGAUGACGUUCUUUUGAUUUCGGGACUUUCAGAUGAUGAUGAGGAGGAGGACGAUGACGACGAGGAGGAGGACGACACGCCACAGGGACAGGCUGCCCCGGCGGCCACGGCCAGCGAUGAUGACGAGGAGGAUGACGAUGACGAUGAUUAUCUGGACAGGCUGUUCGACGACAUCCUGGGAGAUGAUGAUGAUGAGGACGACGAUGACGAGGUCGCUCCCGCUGCCAGUGCCCAGCAGAGCUCCGUUGCCGCUUCGCCAGCCCAGGCCUUGGAGGAAGUGGCUCCCGCCGCCUCCUCGGUCAGCUCUGGCAUCUCCGAUGGCGUGGAUCUGCCCGCCGAGUCCGGCAACGCUGUAGAGGCCGCCGCAUCCGGCAACGCCGCCGAGGACAUUUCCGCAGCCGCAGCGGCAGCCCCCGCCACGGCAGCCUCCGGCAGCAGCAGCAACAACGAAGGUAUAGCCGGCGACGACGACGAGGAGGCCGACGAUGAUGAGGACGACGACGAUGAUGAUAUCAUUGGGGACGAUAUCAUCGAGGCCCGGCGCGAAGCACGUGACCUCAAGAACAACGUCAUCGACAUGUCUACGGAUGCGUUCCAGGCGCGGCACAACCACUUCAUCGAUGCCAUCUUCUCGCGUAUCAAUCGCAUUGUAUCCGACAAUUACGAUCCCUUCGUGGUGCGCCUGGCCGGACGCUCGGCCCCGACCACCGCGGGCAGUGCCACAACGGUGAAGGCCACCAACAAGAACAAGGGCACCAAGGCCGGCGGACACAAGAAACUCAAGAACACACGCUCCGAGCCAAGGGCCAGCGGCAGCGUCAGAGGCAGUGGGAACAAUCAGGCAAAGGAGGAGGACGCCGGCAAAUUGCAGGAGCAAUUGAUGCAAUUACAGUCCGAGCUGGCCAUCAAAGCCAUCGAAAAGAAGCCCGUUGCCUCUGACCAGGCCGCAGCCUCUGCUGCUCCUGCCAGUGCCACUGCCACUGCCACUGCCCCUGCCACUGCCACUGAUUCCGAUGCACCAAAAGCGGAAGUGCGAACCGUGUCCGGAGGCAAAAGCGGCCAAAAGAAGUCCACUACGAACGCGGCAGGCGGCUCCACCCAGAGCCACAAGCACAGUACCAACAAAAAGGCCUCGGGUACGACGGCAGUGAAAUCUGGUAACUACAAUCAGCCCGCGGGUGCUAGCAAGGCCGGAGAUGUCGAGAAGCUGCAGAAGGCCGAGGGCAGUCUCUCGGGGCUGGCCUCCCUCAAGCGGGUGGGAAACGUGAAGGUGAUUAGCGAUGCGGAGGGACGAAACUCCACGAUUAAGGCCAAGUUCACGCUGGGUCCGCUGAUCCUGCGGGUGGAGAAGUCCUUCAAGCGCGGCAGCGUGAGGAGCGUGAAGAGCGCCACGGCCAGGACCAACGAGAUGAUCGGACGCAUCAAGUUCAGUGUGGUGGACGAUCGGGCCACCCUCAUGUCCAUCAAGGUGCAGCAGCCCAAGCAGGUGGAGGUGGAGAGCAAGGACAAUCACGAUAGAACACGCGAGUUCGUGUGGCGCCGCACGCCAAAAAUCGCCAAAUUGGUCAACGAGAAGCUCAAAUUGGCCGCCGAAUCGCUGUUUGCGCCGCAGGGCGUUGAGGUUGUACGGCUCUAAAGGACUUCAAGGAUAGCGGGAUGUGCUCCUUGUCCUUCUUUUACUGCUUUCUUCUCAGCUAUCUAAAUUGUAAUUUUUUUUUGUAAUCCUGUUUGGCCGCCGUGGCCAGACACGGAUACUCUACGCUCUAGUGUAAUGUGCCUAAUUUAUUUAUUUAUUUAUUUAAUUUAUUAAACUAUCUAUUUAUCGCCCAGCCUAUCAAUAAUAAAGCAACUCUGACUAUUAA